GUGUUCAUGCAGAAAAACUCUGACGCAAUUAUAAUUUCCUUGCUCUGAAGACAGGACUUGGAGAAGCUUCUGAAGACUGGCUCAGAAGGAAGUAAAAUUCAAAGAACUUUUUCAUAAUUGUGUAUACUCAUUGGUGCACUAUAGAUAUUUUGGAGGUGCAUCCUAGAUGCGAUACUAGGCUUCUAUGAGGAUAUUAAAUAAACUUGGAUAAACAUUUAAAACUCACAGGAGAUGAAGGGAGAACACAAGUGCUGUGCACAAGUGACUCAAGUGGCAUGUCAAGCAAGUGUCAACAGACAACAAUUGUCUGUCAAUAAUUAAAAUAACAAGACUGAUUCGCUUAUUUACAGUUUUGAUUCAAUUUUAAUGCUACUUUAUUUAUUAUUCAAAGAAUACAUUCGAUAUCAUGGCACACAUUAUGGUAUUGGAUGACAUAGAUGAAGACAUUUUUGUGUGUGGCCGUUGUAAGAGUGUGUUUUACUCCUUGCAAAUAUUCCUAGAUCAUAAAAGAUUUAAUUGUAGCAGUUUUACUGGAGAAAAAUCCACAAAUGCUGAUAGAAGUGCCUUACAGCCUGUUACAGGAAGCAAUUGUGUUUCUAGUAAUAUUGCAAUAUUAUCGGAGAGUGAAAACCCUGGUAUAAAUACUACAAACCCUACAACAGCUGAUGCUACUACAGAACAGAUAUGGCCUAAGGACCUUACAUGUACACUAUGCAAGAAAAAAUUCAAAAAGAUAAAAAGUUUACUCACUCAUAUGAAAACGCACAGUGAGAAACCUUACCAGUGCCCUAUUUGUGGCCGGUGUUUUCUUCAGAAUUCUCAUUUACAGAGACAUAUACCUUCACAUAAAAUGUUUCCUGAUGGUGUUUUGGAAACCACAGCAAAAACUCUUGAGGUAGAUCUACUAAGUUAUACAUGUCCAUAUUGUGAUUUAAUACUACCCAAUUAUAACCAGUACAGAGCACAUCAGAAGACACAUUCAUCUCUUAAACAAUACAGAUGUAUUCAAGGUGAAUGCAUGGCAUUCUAUGAAACAGUUGAAGGAUUAAUGCUGCAUGUGACUAGCAAUCAUGUGAAGACAAUUUAUACUUGCCACAUAUGUAAUUCUACUUUUAAUUUACUUGAAGAAAUUGCGAUACAUCAUCAGGGUCACAGUCAUCGUGGUAAAGAAAAGGCAACUGAUAUAAAGCUAUUUAAAUGUUCACAGUGUGAUGCUAGAUUUCGUAAAUCUGAGAACUUAACUGUACAUAUGCUUACAGAAAAUCAUAACAAAAUGUGUAUACAUUGUAAUAAGACAUUUGCUAGUGAUAAGAGACUGCGUCUGCAUCUGCAAAUCCAUAGAAAACUAAAACCAUUUCAGUGUACCAUUUGUAAUAGCAGUUUUCACAUGAAGAAAUAUUUGUCAACACACAUGCUGAAGCAUGGCAACAGGCAGUUUCAGUGUCCUGUUUGUAAGUUCAUGUUUAAAAGACAAGAUUUGCUCCAGAGACAUAUGAAGAACCAUCAGAAUAAGAAAAUGUUUAAAUGCCCUUUUAAAGAAACAUUGGAUUGUAAGAAAGAAUUUUGUCGCAGUGAUAAAUUAAAGUUGCAUAUUAAAUGUCAUACGAAAAAUAUGGCUAAGCUGACAAAUAGUAAAGUCAAAGUUACUCAGGAUGAGACUGCAGAGUUAGUAUAGGACACUAAUGCAC